CCAGCCUGCGCGCCCUGGGUCCUCCUGGCACUAGGGCGCGAAGGCGGGAGACGCGGCCCGGCUCGGACCCUCUGCUGUGCUCCGCCUGCAGCCACUGCCGGCGCACCGCCUCCCGCGAAGUCAGGGAGCCGGUUUGCUGUCCCCACGGGACAGGAGCGGAAAGGCAGGGAGAAAUUCCGCCCUGUGGACGCCCGCCGAGUCCUUCAGUCCUUGCGCCCGCUCGUCGCUCCGCUCUUUGAGCGAAGAUGGUGGGGCCGACAGCCUCGGACGUGCCCCCGACGAUGCCGGUCAAGAUCUUCUCAGCUGGCGUGGCGGCCUGUGUGGCGGAUGUGAUCACCUUCCCGCUGGACACGGCCAAAGUCCGGCUCCAGAUCCAAGGUGAAUGCCAGACCUCUAGAGCCAUUAGGUAUAAAGGUGUCCUGGGUACAGUCACCACUCUGGCAAAAACUGAAGGGCCAAUGAAACUCUAUAGUGGGCUGCCUGCUGGUCUCCAGAGACAAAUAAGCUUUGCCUCUCUUAGGAUCGGCCUCUAUGACACCGUCCAGGAGUUCUUCAGCACAGGGAAACAAACAACAGCUAGUUUAGGAAGCAAGAUCGCAGCUGGUCUGACAACUGGAGGAGUGGCAGUGUUCAUCGGGCAACCCACAGAGGUCGUGAAGGUCAGACUUCAAGCACAGAGCCAUCUGCAUGGUCUCAAACCUCGCUACACUGGGACUUACAAUGCUUACAGAAUCAUAGCGACAACGGAAGGCCUGACAGGCCUUUGGAAAGGGACUACUCCCAAUCUGACAAGAAAUGUCAUCAUCAAUUGUACAGAGCUAGUUACAUACGACCUAAUGAAGGAGGCCCUUGUGAAAAAGAAGCUCCUAGCAGACGACUUACCCUGCCACUUUGUGUCAGCUCUUAUCGCUGGAUUUUGCACAACAGUCCUGUCCUCACCAGUGGAUGUGGUAAAAACCCGAUUUGUUAAUUCUCCACCAGGACAGUACACGAGUGUGCCCAACUGUGCCAUGACAAUGCUCACUAAGGAAGGACCGUUGGCUUUUUUCAAAGGAUUUGUACCUUCCUUCUUGCGACUCGGAUCCUGGAACGUCAUUAUGUUUGUGUGCUUCGAACAGCUGAAACGAGAACUGAUGAAGUCAGGGCAGACUGUGAACUGUGCCACAUAAUCAUCUUCAGGAAAAGGUGGUGACAUACCAGUGGGAAUCUUUGCUGACCGGAUAACUCAAAAACGAAAACAAUACACCUAUUUCCUUUAUUUCACCCUAAGCAGAUAAAGGAAUUCUGAUAGAGAGUUUUGGACUUUUUAAAGAAAAGUUAAUAUUUAUUUAUUGUGACUUUUAUUCUCCAUGUUUUUGGAAGGGGAAAGCAAAAUGCUCAGUAUGAACCCUGGUGCAUGCAAUGUGCAAAUAAGUGACUGCAUUUGAUUGGCUGUUUUGAGAGGGAGGGAGUCUUACGACUGAACAUGAAGAAAUUUAACAUGUUUUAAUUAUAACUCAAGUUGACAGGAGAGGAAAACUGAGUGGUGCAUUUUAUGUUUAUAAAUACUUAAACAUGAACAGUUAUCAAGGAAAAUGCUGCUAUUUCCCUUUAAUGUAUUAACCCAGUUGUCAGUUAAUAUAUCCAAUAAAGUACUGCUAAUACCU